GCGGCAUCACGCUGAAAGGCCAAAAAGGACAGCGUAUCGAUAACUCGCGCUGCGCCGCCCCAAAUAAAUAUUUCUGUCCAUUUGAAUCAUCCAUCAUCCUCCCUCCUCGACAUCACCACCUUUUUUCUACUUCUUACCACCCUCUACUUUCCUUUGCAAACAAGAGCCUGCCCAAUAUGGCUCGACGUGGCUCAGGAUCCUCUUCCGCUUUCCAGUGGACAACCAUAUUCUACCUCCUCCUCAUUUUCAUUUGUCCUUUAGCUUUGAUCGGUUCAGUACACGCCCAGGAUCAGACUCCCUUGAACGACUCGGACGCCAACUAUGGCACCGUCAUCGGUAUCGAUCUGGGUACCACCUACUCCUGCGUCGGUGUGAUGCAGCACGGAAAAGUCGAAAUCAUUGUAAACGACCAAGGAAACCGAAUCACUCCCUCAUACGUCGCCUUUACCGAUGAAGAGCGGUUAGUAGGAGACGCGGCGAAGAACCAAUACGCCGCCAACCCUACGAGAACAGUCUUUGACAUCAAACGUUUAAUCGGCCGCAAGUUCCAAGACAAGGAUGUCCAACGAGACGCGAAGCACUUCCCCUUCAAGGUCGUCAACAAGGAUGACAAGCCCAUGGUCACCGUCGAGGUCGCCGGCAGCCCGAAGACCUUCACCCCCGAGGAAAUUUCCGCCAUGGUUUUGGGCAAGAUGAAGGAAGUCGCCGAAGCAUACUUGGGAAAGAAAGUUACCCACGCCGUCGUCACGGUGCCGGCGUACUUCAACGACAAUCAGAGACAAGCCACCAAGGACGCCGGUACGAUCGCUGGUCUGACGGUUCUCCGUGUGGUCAACGAACCUACAGCUGCCGCCAUUGCCUACGGCCUUGACAAGAAGGGAAAGGAGAGCCAGAUCAUCGUCUACGAUCUUGGUGGUGGUACUUUCGAUGUCUCUCUUCUCUCCAUCGAAGACGGCGUUUUCGAGGUCUUGGCCACUGCCGGAGAUACACAUCUCGGUGGUGAAGAUUUUGAUCAGAGAGUCAUUGACUAUUUCGUCAAACUCUACAAUAAAAAGAACGACGUCGACAUCCGGAAGGACCUCAAGACAAUGGGUAAGCUGAAGCGCGAGGUCGAAAGAGCCAAGCGAACCCUGUCUUCUCAAAUGUCCACCCGCAUCGAAAUUGAGGCCUUCCACAACGGAAACGACUUCUCCGAGACCUUGACUCGGGCCAAAUUCGAAGAACUCAACAUGGAUUUGUUCAAGAAGACUCUGAAGCCAGUUGAGCAGGUCUUGAAGGAUGCCAAGGUCAAGAAGGGCGAGAUUGACGACAUCGUCCUGAUUGGCGGUUCUACUCGUAUCCCCAAGGUUCAGUCCAUGAUCGAGGAAUACUUUGGUGGCAAGAAGGCCAGCAAGGGUAUCAACCCUGACGAAGCUGUCGCCUACGGUGCCGCUGUCCAGGGUGGUGUCCUCUCCGGUGAAGCCGGCACUGACGACAUCGUUCUCAUGGAUGUCAACCCGUUGACUCUUGGUAUUGAGACCACCGGCGGUGUCAUGACCAAAUUGAUUCCUCGCAACACCGUCGUCCCUACCAAGAAAUCUCAGAUCUUCAGUACGGCUGCCGACAACCAACCGGUUGUCCUGAUCCAGGUGUUCGAAGGUGAACGAUCUCUCACCAAGGACAACAACCUUUUGGGCAAAUUCGAACUCACAGGUAUCCCCCCGGCUCCUCGUGGUGUACCGCAGAUUGAAGUGUCUUUCGAGCUGGACGCAAACGGAAUCCUCAAGGUCUCGGCCGGCGACAAGGGUACGGGCAAGUCGGAGUCCAUCACCAUCACGAACGACAAGGGACGUCUGUCACAGGAAGAAAUUGACCGAAUGGUUCAAGAGGCCGAGCAAUUCGCCGAAGAGGACAAGCUGGUCCGGGAGAAGAUCGAGGCUCGCAACAAGCUCGAGAACUACGCGGUCUCACUGAAGAACCAAGCCAACGACGACGAAGGUCUCGGCGGCAAGAUCGACGACGACGAAAAGGAGACACUCUUGGAGGCGGUCAAGGAGACGCAAGAGUGGCUGAGCGAGAACGCCGAGACGGCCGAGAAGGACGACUUUGACGAGCAAUAUGAAAAGCUGUCCCAGGUCGCGUACCCAAUCUCGAGCAAGUUGUACGGCAGCGGCGGCGCAGGAGGAAUGCCAGACUAUGGAGAUGAUGACGAUGAUAUGGGCCAUGAUGAAUUGUGAGCUCUCGCUCUCUCUUUUGGGGAAUCUUCGUCUUAGGCUGGGUCUGGCAUGAUUUCUUUUUUUUUAUUAUCGCGGAAAAGAGAUACCUUGAAAAGACAAAUUUGUAGCAGCAUUUUAGAGAUACGGGGGCGGCAAGGCGUUUCUUCUUUUCUUGUUUUGUUUGUCAUGCCUAAUGUGAUUUUUUACAAUCGUCUUUGCUUUUGCCCUGGCCCCGUCGUAUUCGAAACCCCCUUUGGGUGGGCAAAGGACUUGGGAUGCCAUCUAGAUACCACUACGGAGUGACACAAAAAAUGGCAGGUGUCUGAUUUUGCUUCUCUCGCUGUCUCGGAUUUCGUUCUUGACCUACGGAAAAUGUCUCGAUUGUUAUUUGGUCUGUACUGUAUGGGAAGUACUCUGAUCAGGUCCAAAAGACGGGGAGAGACGUUUCUGGACUCAAAAAAGUUGGGUACGUGAGAAUUAACACGUUUAUUGUGUUGAGUGUUUCAACUUUCUGGAUGUUUAUACAUAUACAUAUUGUAUACAAACAACAGCAUCCCUUUUGGUACACGAAACACCGGACAUGGCUACGACUCAGUAAUCGAAAUUUUGAAAGACAAAAGAUUUGUCCGGCAUCCAACCCUGGACGACCUUUCUCAUGGCCGGGGCGGUACAAAUGUACCAGUCGUCCACGCCGCCGGCGGCACGUCUCAAAUCUUCCCGACCGAGUCUCCUCUUGUGGACGGUGACGCCGGUCGCGACGAGUUUGUCCGUCGUCCCCGCCGGGUCCGUUUCCGCCUCCGAGGUACCCGUCACGAACAACUCCAUCGCGCCGCUCAGCCGCGGGUACGUCUGUAGAAUGUCCAGUGCCAGGUUCACAUCUUUGAGGCCGAGGCUCCACCACACCUCGAGCCGCGAAGACGCGAUGAUCUCUUCAGUAAUGUCCCCCAUCUGGCCCAGAAGUGGAGUGAUGCCUAUCCCUGCCGCGACGAAGCCGACGCGACGCUUUUUUUGGUCACCAUCGUCUCCCCAGUCGAAUACAAAAUCCCCGCCGAACCCACGGACGCCGGCUUCACACGUGCCCGGGCGUUGGUGUUCGAGCCACUUCGUCACGCUUCCCACCGAGCGAGCCGUGAUUUCGAAUUCCUCCCCGUGGGCACCCAGGGUGCCGGGGACGCUGGAGACGGUGAACGUGCGGAUGAAGUCGUCGUUCAGACUCGUCGGGUCGUCGUCGCGCAUGUGGCUGUAACCCAUGUCCAGUUCGGACGAGAGGUCCAGCGUGACGUACUGUCCCGGCUUCCACGGCCCGAAAACGCCAGGGUCGUCCAGGGCGAAACGGUAGCGAGUGAUGGUGGGUGUGAGACGGGUCUUGGCCACGAGGGAGGCGUUCGCCGGCGGGGAAGAUCCCGCCUCGACGUUCGUGGUAGGGUCGUUGUGCUCGGACAACAAGUACCGCACGCGCGGAUUGUAGGGUGACAGGCCCUGAGUGGCGUCGUUGGAGGGUGUGCCUCGGAAGGAAAGGCCGGUCUGGACAAGCCUUGCGGCCGUGACGUUCAGACGCACGGCGAGCGUCGACUUGGCCAGAACGUUGGACGCCUCGGCGCCGACGAGAGUGGUUGUUUCGCCUGUGACGUAGAGUACGUCGCCCGUCGAGAAGUCGGGGAAGACCAGACCCGCGCGAGGCGUGGUUUCGAGAUUGCCGAGCGUCUGGUAGAGGUUGUUGCCUGAGUAUUCGGGCCAGAUGAUGGAGCUGGGAGAGGAGGGGGACGAGGGUUGCUCGACUCGCACAAAUCCAGGUGGGCCGCCACGGUGGUUGCAGUCCAUGUCUUCGUGUUCGUGCGAGGUGGCGAGGAAGAAGAGAUCGGAUUUUGCGAUGAUGGCGAGGGCGGCGUCGGUGAGAUGGGCAGAUGUAGAUAGCAGUUUCGGCGUCGGGGUCGCGGAUGUGAUGAUUUUCUUGUUGAGGUAUUUCGGGCAGUUGGCCAGUGCCAUGGUGAUUUUGGUCACCAGUUGGGCCUCUCCUGCUUUGCCGGUUGAAGGGUCCUGGACGGAGUCGUCUGGAGAGGUAGAAGUAUUGAGCGCACCGGCUAUUAGGUGGCCUGCUAGCUUGACACGGCCUCGUUCUUCAAGAUUAAUGGUCAUCGCACUGAUGAGACGACUGGUACCUUCCUCCCGCAGAACUUCGCCGUCGGAUUUGCCUUGGUAUAGGGCCUGGACGACGGGGUCGAACGAUGCAUCAACGGCUGUGCGGAUGCCUAGGAUACUUUGACCGAUUGCUUGUGCGAUGGGCGGCUCGCCCGUUCCCCAGAUGGUACACCAUGGGUUGUCGUCACUGUCAAGGGUGCCCACCGCCAGGAGUGGGUAGCGGGCAACUUGGUUUGCCGCACGGGGGUAGAGAAAUGGAGAUGUCGGGUUGUCAUUAUAUUCGACUCCUGUCCGUUUGUGAAUGGCCUUUUCACCCUCGUGCCAGUCAGAGGGCUGGAAGAAGGCCAUCGUUUUGCGAAGUCCCUCGAUGGCCUUGAGUUUCUGACUUGGCCGAGAUGAGGAGCGUGCCGGUCGCUGAGCGCGACGGUGCUUCCUUUCCGCGACGAAUUCUACCAUUUUAUUUUCAAUUCGAGAUGUUGGGAUCAUAGAAUAAACAAGAGCUUACCUCUGAUCAAGUUCUCGAGUUCGACUUGUGCCGCCGUAGGAAUAUAUAUACACCGUCGUCAGAAA